AUGAAAGAUGUAUACUAUAUUUUAGGAUUAAAUGUUUCUGGUUUUCCUGUUACCGGUUCAAAUUUUGUGAACGUUAAAGAAAUUUGUCAAGAUUACUUAGGAGUUAUCCCACCUCAAGGAGCAACAAAAGGUAACUCUAUUAAAUUAAAGUGGCUUAAGGAUACGUUUGACGAUGUUGAUGAAAAUGCAUCUGUAUUAGAAAAACAAGCAUCUUGUCGAGCAUACAUCCUACGUAUGAUUGGAGGGUUAUUGAUGCCUGACAAAUCCAACAACCGGGUACAUUUAAAAUAUCUUUCACUGUUAGGAGAUUUACAAAAAGCAUCCCAAUAUAGUUGGGGUUCAGCCGUUUUAGCUUCACUAUAUAGAGAACUAUGUCUUGCAACGAAACCCGGUGUAAUGUCUAUGGGAGGCUGUGCAUUGUUGUUGCAAAAUUGGGCAUGGUAUCGUUUGUCUUGUGUCGCUCCAGAAUCACCCAAUCCAUGGAUAUUUCCACUUGCACAAAGAUUUAAUUCUGGUGGUCUAAAAUUCAGUAAAGUUCCUCAUAACGACAUAGAAGGAUACCGAAAAACAAUUGAUCACAUGAUGAUAGGGUCACACUUCAGUUUGGCUUCCAUCAACAAAUACCACAACCACCGGAGGACAUGA